AUGCUGUACACCCACGCCACUAUAAUCACCGUUGAUCGCUCUCGUCGCAUCAUCGAAGACGGUGCCAUUCGCGUCACCGACGAGACCAUUGCCGACAUUGGCAAGACUACUCUGCUGAAAAUGCGGUAUCCUGAGGAUGACGAGCUCGAUUUGACCGACGCUUCUCCGGGCACUGCCGACGAUAUGGAGCUUGUCUCCUGGCUCUGUGAGCGCAUUUGGGUGCUGCAGGGUAACUUCACCGAGGCUGACGGGUAUGCUGCGGCUCGCCUGAGCAUUGGCGAAAUGCUCAAGUCGGGUACCACCUGUUUCCUCGAGAGCAUGUUUGCCGAUCGCUAUGGCUUCGAUGGCCUUGCUCGCGCUGUCCAAGAAUCCGGUAUUCGAGGCUGCCUGGGAAAAAUUGUUAUGGAUAUCGCCAAGUACGCCAAAGACGACGCCUGGGCUAUGCACCCGGGCCUCGUUGAAGAUAGGGAAACAUCUCUGCUAGGAACACUCAAGAUGUGGGAGAAGUGGAACGGUGCUGCUAAUGACCGUAUCCGUGUGUGGUUUGGAGCUCGUACUUCUGGAGGGGUAUCCGACGCGCUGUACAAGGAGAUGACUGCGCUCUCGAGGGAAAAGGGGAUUCCGGUCACGAUGCACUGUGCUGAGGUCAAGGCCGAUCGCGAGUUCUUCGCUUCGGUGGAUCACACACCUAUGUCUUAUUGUGACUCGGUGGGACUGUUGAGUCCGUCGACGGUGCUGGUGCACAUGGUUCAUUUGGAUGAUUCGGACAUCGAGCUACUCUCGACUUCAGGCGCCCAUGUCGCCCAUUGUCCCACGUCCAACGCUAAGCUGGCGUCGGGUAUAUGCAGGGUACCUGAGCUGCAGCAGGCGGGUGUUAAUAUCGGUAUUGGGACUGAUGGCGCCCCGUGCAACAAUACCUGCGAUAUGCUGCAGGAGAUGAAACUUGCUGCGAUCAUUCAUAAGAGCAUCUCAUAUGAGCCGACGGCAGUUCCGGCUGAGUCGGUUUUGGAGAUGGCGACCAUCAAUGGUGCCAAAGCUCUUGGACUGGAUGAUCAUAUCGGUAGUCUUGAAGUCGGCAAGAAAGCUGACUUCGUGGCUAUCGAUGUCCGCGGGAUUCACAGUCAGCCCUGGUUCAACCCGGCCAGUGCAGUGGUCUAUACCGCCACUGGACGCGAUGUUGAGCUCGUAGUGGUGGAUGGCAAGGUGCUGGUGCAAGGUGGCGAGUUACUGACGAUGAACGAGCAGGAAAUUGUUUUGGAGGCAAGGAAGCGAAGCCGGGAAGUUGUGGAGAGAGCCGGUCUCUCCAGUAAGAUACAGGGCCGUUGGCCUGUAGAGCAGACACCAGGAUAG